AUGGCGUCGCCAUCGUUGUCGACCUCGGCAACUCUCAACAAAAGUGAUUCGACAACCAGCAAUGUUAACAAUACUGAACCAAACAGCAUUCGGAAAUCUUCCAAUGCGUCAUCGAGCAUGGGUGGAAGUAUGGACAGUGAGACUGCUAGACUGUUGAAUUCUCUGGGAAGCGUCGGGAGCAGCCUGGCCGAUGUGGGAACUGGAAUCGAUGGGAAUGGCGCUGCUUCAGCAGCAGCAGCCGGAGGGAAAGAAGGAGACAAGACAGCAAAAGAAGCUUCUGACACAACAGCAGCGACUAUCACAGCGACCGACGAUGACGGCGAAGCACAAUUUCAAGUGCCUGCCACGGUCCCACAGCAUCACCAUCUCAAGUUUGCGUCCUCUGCCGACGACCCCAACCUUCAUUCCUCGCUACCAAAACUGUCACUUCCCACAGAAGAGAACGGAAGUCUCUCCAGCAGCAAAGGAUCUUCCAGAAUUUCAGAAAGGCGUCUUCCCAGCAAAAAACGAAAAAUGUCAUACGAAUCCUAUGAUGCAGCCGUUGCCUCUGGGGACAGCGCGGCUGACAGAAGGCGAAAAAUGUCAUGUGAAUCAUUUGGCUCCGCUAUCAUGAACGAUAUGAGCUUUCUGAGCAGGAGACGAAAAAUGUCGUACGAAUCUUACGACUCGGCCAUGGGAGACAGUUACCUGGGAUUGGCCACUCUGGACAGUGGCAUUGUUCCCAAACUUCCUGAUGUUCUCAGUGUCGCCACCAAAGGAUCAGGGACUUCCGCCGACAAUCUCCCUUUGCCAGCCGUCUCGGCUCUGGAUCAUCUGGACGCCUUGGGUGAUGACGGAGCCGAGUUGCCAACAACCGCUACCGUGGUAAAAAUAAGACCGCCGGAUGAAGGAUCAGCUUCCAAACAAUAUGCAGCAGCAGCUGCUGCUGCUGAACCUCGAGGCCCGGACGACCAGAGCGAUGGGGACGCCACAUUUACAUCUAGUGGACACCGAAUACUGAUGGAAGCAAUCAUGAUGACAAGUGGCGAAGAUAUGGGACGCAGAAAACGAUUCGAAUCUUGGGGUGGAAUGUCGGAUCUGUCGGUUCAUAUGGGUGGAACGGACACAGCCGCAGCCAUUGCCGCAUCGGCGCUUCAUCACACCGGAAUCUUCGAUGACGUGACGGCUGCUGCAAAUUUUGGUGGGGGGUCGGUGGCCUCCUCUGUCACGGACGACCACCCGAAACCACCUGCAGAGACAGCCACUGAUGGCAGGGACCGGACAGCAUCCAUGUCAGACGGAACCUUUCCCGUCCCAGCAUCGUUGGAUGGAGUGGAAAUCUCUAGUGAUUUGCAAAAGUUUGUAGCGGCCGCAGUGGCGUCGGUCGGGGAUACACUGGCAGAGUUGGCAGGCAAUAUAGAAUCUGUUACUGCAGCAGUGCACUUGGACAAUAAACCAUCAGCAGCCGCCGCCAAAGAUGAUGAUACACGACAAGGAAGUGAGGUCAGCAGCAUUGCCACCCAACUGAUGCUUGGCACUUCGUUGGACGAUCUGCCGAAAAUUCCGUUCGGAGACAGCUCCACUCAACCGUCGAACCCCGACAAGAGCGUGAAUGCAGGAAUUUCAGUGGAUUAUGAUGCAGUUGCAGCUGCCGUUGAUGCGGCUCAUGCCGCCACUGGGGAUUUGGACCUCUCUGCCAUUGAAGGGGCAAUUACAAUACACGGGCAAAUGUCGUCAACUGCUAGUUCCAUCUCGUCGGGCGCUGGAAAAGCAAAAUGGAUGCGGAAAUUACCCACACACGGCAAAAAAGCUUCCACCCAUGCACAGUUGCUAAAAAAUGUUCCCAAAUCUUUACUGUCAGAAAAGGAGCAAGAGGAGCUCCACGAGCGAGCCAGAAAAGCAGCUGGAUAUGUGCCACCUUCACAAUCAGGUGAGCCGUCAACUCCAAACAAUCGUGCUCUGCCACCGCUCAAAAAGCGAAAGCGAAUGACACCGGAGCCUGCAGUGGCAAAGAGCAGCGCACAUGAAACACCCAAAAUAUCCAACACUAGCUCCAGGGUCGCGGACCAACUGCCAAGUGUUGUGGUAUCAGCAGCGGCAAAAACUUCGGGCGCGAAAUCUGGGAACAAAGAGAAAUCUACACAGAAAUGGGACAGUAUGUAUGAUUGUUUGCUUCAAUUCGUACUAGACCGGAAGGAAGAAGAAACGGCCGGAGCAUCUGAAGAAGAAAUCGCCGAUUGGAUAUGGGAUGGUAAUGUGCCGACAACCUAUAAAACGAAGGACGGAAAAGCACUCGGUAGAUGGAUCAACAAUCAGCGAAGCGCCAAGAGCAAGGGCACUCUGAAAGAAGAGAGGGAAAUUCGACUUGUGAAUGCCGGUCUCAAAUGGAGCGUUCUGGCAUCGAACUCGUGGAAUGAAAUGCUGGACGAACUUGGAAUCUACAUUGCAGAAUACACUAAGGACGGCAAAAAGUGGGAUGGUAACGUGCCCACGAACUACCGAAUCAAAGCCCGAGCCAAUGGGAAGAAAAUGAGCGAAGAAGAUAAAAAUCUUGGUCGGUGGGUCAACCGACAACGAAGUCUCUAUCAGGCUGGAAGACUCCGCAAAGAUAGGCAGUUGGCACUCGAAAAGAUCGGUCUGAAGUGGUCCAUGCUGGCAACAACUUCCUGGGAUGCAAUGUACGAAACUCUCUUGGAAUAUGUCAAAGACAAGGAGACCAAAGGGGUCAAAUGGGACGGCAACGUCCCUGCAAACUAUCGCACGGAUGAUCAUCCUCCCAGAGCUCUUGGUAGGUGGAUAAACAGACAGCGUUCAACCCACGUGAAGAAGAAGCUCAAACAGGAGUACGUUGACAAGCUAUCGAACUUGGGUUUGAAGUGGUCGGUACACGAGCGUCCACGAAUCGGUGAUCCUGAAGUUCCCAAUCCAGACAGCUCAACUAGUGGCGUGGUUGCUCAUACGGCAAGCGUUCCUGCAACCAUUGCAGUCCCUGCCAAACAAUCAGAUAAGACCCAAGACGGUCUAGCAACACAACCAACGGUGCCAGCAGCACAACCCAAGGCUCCAGCAGCACAACCAAACGUUCCAGCAGCACAACCCAAGGCUCCAGUGUCACAACAAACAGUCCCAGCAGCACAACAAAAGGUCCCUUUGCCUGUCAGGGUAACGUCAGUGCGUUUCGACGACGAAAAGGAGGAAAGCAAAGGCAACAAUCAAGUAAGCAAGCCGCAGCCAAAGACGGACAAUAGUGCAGUUGACGAAAAGAAGAAAACCAAUGACAACAAUCAGCAAGUCGAUAGCAAAAAGGUUGCCUCCCCACAGACAACCGGCCAGAGGAAAACCAACUGUGACAGUGCUGCAUCAGGCCCAACCUCGCAAACCCAAUCUGCGCCGCCCAGUAAACCGAGUGUUGUGACUGCAAAGAGUUAG